AUGGUCUGGAUCCAGACCGGGUUCACCUUCAAGACACCGCACGGCGAAGGAAAGGGGUUGCUGAAGCUUGGUAACACUGGUAAAGACGAGUGGAAGGCGUGGACUGUCUUCACGCAGCUCGAGAAGCUUGAUUAUCAGAACGAAGUCGAGGAGCGCCAUGCGGGCUCAGUUCAGACACCAAAGACGCCCGUCACUAAUGGUGUCAAUGGAGUCAACGGCAUCAAUGGACACGCACACGAAGAGCCUGAGGAAGAUUUGCAGGUUCUCAUUGUCGGCGCAGCCCAGGCCGGCUUAAUGCUCGGCGCUCGCCUCCAGCACAUGGGCAUCAAAACCCGUCUCGUAGAACGCAGCGCACGCCUCGGCGACUCAUGGCGAGAACGAUACCAGACUGUGACCCUGCACACACCGACCUACACCGAUCACUGGGCGUUCAUGAAGAUCCCCGAGACCUGGCCGCGCUUCCUGACUGGCGACAAGGUUGCCGAGUUCAUGGAGCACUACGGCCAGCUCAUGGGGCUUGACAUCGCCUUCAACACGGAGGUUACGAUGGCUACGUACGAUGAGAAGAAGAAGAGAUACCAUGUCGAGAUCCGCACGCCAGAGGGAACGCGGACGUUCUUUGCGCGUCAUGUGGUCCUGGCCACGGGGGUCUACGGCGACCAGCCCAGGAUCCCCCCGUUCCCUGGGCAAGAGUCCUUCAAGGGACAAAUGUACCACUCGAAAUACCACAAGACGGCCGCCGAGAUCCCUGACGUGACCAACAAGAAAGUUGUCGUCAUUGGCUGUGCCACGAGCGGCCACGAUAUCUCGGCUGACUUUGUGACGCACGGGGCCAAGGAGGUGACGAUGGUGCAGCGGCAUCCAAUCUUCUCCAUCUCGCGUGAGUCGUGGGAGAACUUUAUGCUCUCACUCUGGACGAUUCCAGGCCUCAGCACCGAGGAAGCAGACAUUGUGGGCAACGCGAUACCGCUCGCACUGAUCCGAAGAAUGAGCAUCGGAUUGACGCAGGCGAUGGCCAAGAACGACAAGACAGUGCAUGUCGGGCUUAAGAAGGCUGGACUGGAGAUCAAGGAAGGCGAAGACGGGUAUGGGUUGGCAGAUUAUCAGCUCAUCAAAGGCGGGCAGUAUUACAUUGAUCAGGGGGCGAACCAGAUGAUCAUUGACGGCAAGAUCCGGGUCCAGAGGUGUGAAGAGGGCGUCAGGGAGUUCCAAGCGGAUGGCCUGGUGUUGAAGAAUGGUACAAAGUUGGAGGCGGAUGUGGUGGUGCUCGCGACGGGUUUCGAGCAGAACAUCACCACAGUUGAAAAACUGCUUGGGUCGGAUGUUGUCAACAGGCUGGACGGAUUCGCGAACUUGGAUGCUGAACAGGAACGCUCAGGAUGGUGGCGAGCCACGGGAGUGCCUGGGUUCUGGUACAUGACCGGCAGCUUCAUGAUGUGUCGACAGUUCUCCUUGCCGCUGGCGUUGCAGAUUGCCGCGGUUGAGAAGGGCCUGAACAAGUCUUACUACGACUAA